AUUUUAAAAUGGAUGCCCACAUCGCUGGUAAAAGUUUUUGUUGAAUUAUUUCUCGAAUUCUGCCGUUCAGACGAAAUGUCAGUCGAUCUCAGGGCAUUACUUUGCAAGGUUAACGUAGUAAAUGGUUGUUUCCGAACUUCUAUGGACAAAGCUAUUGCCAAAGACAUCUAUGAGAGGCAUAGUUUACAGAACUUACUUGAGGUAGUGAGUCAUGUUUCCAGGGACACUUCAAUAAAUAGAAUAUUUAACGAAAAAUAUAUCGUGAUACUCACAGUUCUUGUAGAAAAUGGACCUGAUAGCUGGAUUAGGAUUUUUAUAGAUGGUUUCAAUGAUUCCACUACUCAGAGUUUAUGCAUUAACAGUGUUCGUACAAUUUCUAAAACUGCUAACGUCCAAGCAAAAACAGAAAAAGAACAAGGUUGUUUUGAAGCAGCAGAUUUCACUGAUGUGGGGAAAAGGGUCUGUUUAGUUCUAAAUUUUCUCCAGACUCUAUUGAAAAGGGUGACUUUAUGUGGAAGAGGUAAUAAAGAACUUGAUACUUGGAGAUGUUUGGUCCAGAUUGGAUAUUUUUUAUUUGGAGUUGCAGUUCAGCAUGCUGUUAAAGAUGUAUGGACAAAUUCAAGCUCAGAAACUCUGGCAAAUGAUAGCAUCCAUUUGCUUUUGGAGACAUUUGGAUGCCCUUCAGUUAGUGUACUGCUAGUGCUUGACACUAAACACAUGUCACCUAUAGAUGAAGACCUGCAUUACAGCGUACCAGUGAAGAAGUCAAUAAUUGGUAAAUUGCUGCUUCAGUGGAAACCAAACCUGCAGCGUAACACUUGGAGACAGAAUCCAGCUGUUUGUUCAAGUUUCUCGUGGUGUCUUCAGCAACUCAAAUUCCCAUAUUUGAGUGAUUUGAUAGAGCUAGUUCUUCCCCCUUGUCUGUUGUUUGUAGAUGAUCAUGUUGCUCAAAGCAAAGAGAUGGGAACUUCUUGUCUCAUUCAUAUCUUGCAAAAUGCUACUGGUGAAGAGUUGAGAUGGUAUGGUCGUGCUGAUGUUAUUUAUGAAGCGUUAAAACUUCAGAUGUUCACCACUGAAGACUCGGUCCUAAAGAUGACACAUGAAGCCUUGCUUCUGACUUUGAAAGUGGUUGUGAAAGAGGAUUCAAGUUUAGGUACCACAUCCAAGUACGAUGAAAUAUUUUCUCUUAUUCUCCAGGCAGCUUCCCAUGAAAACAAACUUGUAUUACGAAGGAUACACACUCAUUCACUUCAUAAAUUCAUUGAGUGUUUAGGUAUCAAUGUAGUAAAAUAUAUGAAAAGACUGCUAGAACUUGUUGAAGAAUAUUUGGAAGUGAGUGAUGCCCCAUUUGAACAAGCUAGACUCAACACAUUGAAAGCUCUGAAAAGUUUUAUCAAGACUGCUUGGCCAAGAAUACCUUCACAUUCAGAAACAAUUUUGAAAAUCCUUGUGAAACUAAUACAUCAGUUAUCAUCAACCCAAACUGGAAAUUCACAGACAGUAGACAGUCAGUUAUUGACACUUGCAGUUGAGUGUUUGGAACUUUUGAAAGGACUUGAUGAAGCAUUCAUUUCUCAUAGCAUGCAACAGCUGCAGGAACUGCCAUUUUCAGAAAAUGUCCAUGUAGUUUUGCAACAGAUUAUGGCGAAGUGAAAAUUAUUUAAGACACGCUAACUUGACUAAGUGCUCAGAUAUGUUUUGCUAUAUUUUAAAGAACAAAUGUAUCCAUUCAAAAUUGUACCUUUUAUUUUUUACAGCUUAAAGGUAAUCAUUCACAUUUGGAUCGAACACUUGAAUAUUUUCAUUUACACAGGUUUUGUUGUCCCAGUUUUUUGGCAGCAAGUACAAGUUUUUUUAUACGAGUGAAAUUUUUUUGCUCAUGCUUGCACUGUAUUUUCAGCAUAAACAUUAAUGCUCCAAUUCAUGAAUGUACCAAACAUGCCAGAUGCCCAUUUCAUAACUGACUCUAGCGUAUUUUGACAUAAAUAUAAAUGUUCUUGCAAAAGAAAAAAAAAAAAUGCUUAUAAUUAAAAAGUAUUUCAGCUAGAUACCAAACUAUACAUAAUAAAUUCAAAAAAAGUAUUUUAAAGGGCCUGUAUAUAUACCCCCACCAAACAUGUUUAGGUGUGGGGGGGGCUCUAUAGGAGUCUGACAGUUUGGCAUGUCCCGUCGCGUCCCGAAAUCUAUAUGCCCGGCAGGAUUUUAAUUUAACCUCACAUUAUUAUUCCUCAAGACCAGAUGAUGUGUUGAACACAUCACCUAUGCCUGAAGGUCAAAGGUCAAGGUCACAAUUCAAGGUCAAAGGUUAGAUAUUUGGUUUUUGCUCCAUAACUAGCUUCUAUGUGCCUAGAAGGGUUUUAUUACUAAAUGGAUUUAGUUCAAACUUAAAAUAGUUGUUCAACAUCAUCACCCAUAUCAUAUGACACAAGGGUCAUAACUCUUGCACCAAUAUUUCAUAAAUUAUGCCCCCCUUUUUACUUAGAAUUUCGGGUUAAAGUUUUGAUACACUUUCACUCUAUCUCAGUUAUUACUAAAUGGAUUUGAUUCAAACUUAAAGUAGAUGUUCCACCUUAUCACCCACAUCAUGUGACACAAGGUGCAUAACUCUGACACCAAUUUUUCAUGAAUUAUGUCCCCUUUUACUUAGAAUUUAAGGUUAAUUUUGAUGCAUUUUCACUAUAUCUCAGUUAUUACGAAAUGCAUUUGAUUCAAACUUGAAGUAGUUGUUCCACAUCAUCACCCACAUCAUAUGACACAAGGUGCAUAACUCUUGCACCAAUAUUUCCAGAAUUAUGCCCCCUUUUUGCUUAGAAUUAUACUUCUAUAGUGUUUUGAUACACUUUAUCUGUACCUCUCUUAUUAUUUGAUAUUUUUUAACACAGACUCAAGCUAUUGUGUAAUAUUCAUCCACCAUUGGAGUCAUUAAACACUCCAGUGACAGUUCUUGACAGAUUAAAAUGUUUUGGUACACAGGUGUAACAUCAUAAAAUACAGGUAAAGUUCGACUUUGGCUACAAACCACCAAUUUUUAGCUCGACUAUUCAAAGAAUAGUAGAGCUAUUGGACUCACCCAUGCGUCAGCGUCGGCAUCCCGAUUUGGUUAAGGUUUUGUAUGUAAGCUGGUAUCUCAGUAACCACUUGUGGGAAUGGAUUGAAACUUCGCUUAUUCACUGUGACAAACUGACCUACAUUGCACAGGUUCCAUAACUCUAUUUUGCUUUUUUACAAAAUUAUGCCCCUUUUUCGACUUAGAAAUUCUUGGUUAAGGUUUUGUAUGUAAGCUGGUAUCUCGGUAACCACUUGUGGGAAUGGAUUGAAACUUCACAUACUUAUUCACUGUGAUAGACUGACCUACAUUGUACAGGUUCCAUAACUCUAUUUUGCUUUUUUACAAAAAUUAUGUCCCUUUUUCGACUUAGAAAUUCUUGGUUAGGGUUUUGUAUGUAAGCUGGUAUCUCAGUACCCACUAAUGGGAAUGGAUUGAAACUUCACACACUUGUUCACUGUCAUGAUCUGACAUGCACUGUGUAGGUCCCAUAACUCUACUUUGCUUUUUUUUUUUUAAAUUAUGCCCCUUUUUUGACUUAGCAGUUUUUGGUUAUGUAAGCUUGUAUUUCAGUAUCCACUUACAGGAAAGGAUUGAAACUUCAGGCACUUGUUCACUUUAUGAGCUGAUAAGCACUGUGAAGGUUCCAUAACCCUUUUUUCCAUUUUUAGAAAGUUAUGCCCCUUUUUCGACUUUUGUAUUCAUUCAGUUGACAAGGCUGUUGAAUAGUCGAGCGUUGUUGUCCUCUGACAGCUCUUGUUUUAUGUAGUUAUGGCCCCUUUCCAACUUAAAAUUUGCCAAACUCAUGGUUGCCGGACAAUAACUCAUGAAAGGCUUGACAGAUUAAGAUAAAUUUUGGUACACAGGUGCAACAUCACAAAAUACAGGUCAAGUUCGAUUUAAAUUGAACCUUCUUGUGGCCAUGUCUUUCCUAUGGUUGCCAUUCUUCUGUGACAAGAUCAUAUUGUUGGGGUAUUCGUCACUCCUGUGACAAUUCUAGUUAGUUUUGUAUGAGAGCCAUCCUUAAGGCUGAAAGAAAUUUUUAGAUUGGACCAUUUUUGAAAAAGAUACAGCAUUUUGAAAUUUAAGAAAAUAGCUGAUUAUGGAGGCAGCCAUUUAAGUGUGUUUAUGACCUCAUUUACACUCUGCUGAAUUCUUUAUUUAGCAAAUAACCUUUAAAAUAGAUCAACUUCCAAUUUUUCUUGUGUGGAAGAUGUAAAAACAUGGUAAUUUCUUUCUUUAUAGCUGGAAAAGGUACAGAAAUUAUUUCAUAGAAAUAAGUAUAAAAUACAGUUUAGAUAUUUAUGUAGCCUGCAGUUACCAGUAUUGGUGGGGAUAAGGAUUUAUCGCUUGUGCAUUUAUCUAAACAUAGCUUGAAUACAUUGAAAUGAACUUAUUUUGAUACAUUAUUAACUUGUGCAUCCUCGAGAGAUCCAAAUUAUUUAAAGCAAGCUUUCAUUUUCAAAUCAGAGCCUUUUUAUUAACAUGACCGAGCAGUAUGUCUAAAUGCCAUCACCAGAAACAGUGUACGCAUAGUCAUAUAGUUUUAUGAUAUUAAAAUGUUAAGUACAUUGAAGUAUGUCCAAAAAUUAAAGUUGUCUUAAAAGCAAUUCUUUCUGAUCAUGAAAAUGAGUAUAUUUACAGGUAUUUAUAAUAUUUGAGUAAAGUGUUAGGUUAAUUAUAGCACAGGUAGUAGAAGCCACCAUACAGUCUCACCGCCCGUUGCAUGCAGCUGUAUAAGGUGCAGAUAAUGGUUACAUCGGCUGUAGUUACAUUGUCCCAGUUGAGUGACCCCAAUGAGAUACAACUAUUCAACUUGAAUCUACCCAUUUCUGGCCUAAAAACAAGAUUCAUUUACAUCCACAUAUUAAAACAAAUAAAGGUAAAACAAAGGAAAUAUACAAUGAGAAAUUUAGGGAAUACCCUGUAUGCUUAUUCUGGGUAAUGCAUAUUAUUCGACUGUGCAUUUAUAAAUUCAACAGAUGUUGGAACUAUGUCAUACAAAUUAUUAUUCCAUUUGGUAAAAAAAUGGAGGAACUGCAUGGAGAUUUUGUAACUGUGGUAAAAAGUAUUAAGAAAUUCAUUAAAACUUACACAUGGUAUUUCAAAUCACCAUCAUUUUCUUGCUUAAUACAUAAGUUUGACCCCUGUUAUGUAGUAAGUUUACACAACCAGUGCAAAAACUGAUGAUACCAUAAAACUCCCCGUUCAAAUAAAGCACAUGCUUAAACAAAAUACACUGAUUCUGGUGCCCUGUACAACAGAAAUUUAAUAAAUCUGCCAUGGAAACAAAAUUGCUGCCAUUUUGAUGAAAUAUUGAAAUGUUAUAAGUAUCUCAUUUUUUUUGGCUGAUUUGGAAAAUUCUGUCACUUCUUUGAAUAAUUUAAGAAAUCCGAGCAGACAUAAUUAACAUACACACAACAUUGCCUUUCCCUUAAUUAGAAACAUUGAACCGCACACAAUGACUGAUUAGCAUAUGACCUUUGGUCACAAGCAGAGUUUUCUCCCUUGAUUAUGGGUAAAAAUAGGGAUUUUUUUUACUGUAUGUAAGUAACCUAUUGAAUGAUUUACAUGAAACUUUUACACAAAUGUAGAUCAGUAUAGGAAGGUGGUGCACACACAGUUUUGUCAGAAUCACUUCAUUAACCAGAGUUAUAGCCCUUUAAUUAUUUUACAAUCCAUAAAUUCAUACCGGUACAUAAAAAGUAAUCCAUUGAUGGAUUUUCAUGACAUUUAAUACAAAUGUAGAUCACAAUAGGGUGGUGGUACAUGCAUAUCUUUUAUUAGGAUCUCUCCAGGAACUACAGAGUUAUACGUCCGUGGAAUAAUUUCACGAGCGUGUAGCCUGGGUUAGUUAUUCUUGCGACUUAUAACCAAUUUUGAGUGUAUUAAUUGAGGUAAAACAUGAUUUUGCUAUACAUUAUUUUGAUUCUAAUGUGCACUUAAUCUAAAACAGUAGAUAAGAUAUAGUAGCGUUCAUUCUUGGUCGCAACAAAAACAUUGACGUCAUCGAACGUUAACGUGAUGUCAUUUAAGCGUAAGCGUGUUUUAACAGAACAAGCAUAUUAGAAUGUUUAUUUUAUCUUGACACACCACUUAUACUGUACUUACAUUUAAGAAAUUAUUUAAUUUAUAGCAAAACAGUGCUUUAUCACUAUUUAUACACAAUGGGCGGUUAUACGUCGGGCGUAAUAAUUUCACAAGGGCGAUUCUAAUAUGAUCUUUAUUGUAAAAUUUAUAUCAAAUAUAAUGGAACUGUUUCUUCGCGCAAGAAUGGCGCCAAUAGUAGGUCUUUGUUUAUACACGCCAGGACCGGAAAUGGUAAUACGUCUUGCGGCAGAGUUCAGUUCGGGCAGUAAUAAUUGCGAAUUAUUCAGCAAAGCGAAUAACUAACUCAGUAUGUGUGUAAAUUAAUCAACACAUUUGUGCAAUGUGACAUUUCGUUUAAAACAUGUUAUUAAGUAAGGCACUAUUUCUAGAUGCGUACAUGGCACUAAAUAUCACGUUGACGUGACGUCAACAUAAUAUCGUUGUGAUGAUUAAAGCAUUGUUAGUCAUAUUAGAAUUGUAGAUAUGCGCUCUGUUUUUACUGCAGAUGACAUUUUUAUUUAGAAAUUAGUGUUAGCAUGGUUAGUGUUUAACUUUUUAUGUUACAAUUUGCAUUUAGGUUAACAUUAAUUUUGCAUCUUAUAGCAUGUGAAAGAAUGUUUAUUUUUCAACUGUUGAGGUCAGCAAUUUGUCAUUUUAGGAAAAAUAUAUAAUACAAAAUUUGAUUUUGGUAAGAUAAUCAUUAUACAGCUGCAUGUAAUACAUGUACAUAUAAAUGAAGAAACAAAAAAAAGAAAAAACAAAGAAACAAUAAGCUGUGUGCUAUUUACAUCAAACCGUUUUUAACAUUAUCUAGAAUGCAUUUUCUCAUAUAAUUUAUUUAAGUUAAAGGGACUGGCCUCCAGAUCGAUUGACAUCAAAUUUUUUUAUUAGCUCACCUGUCACAAAGUGACAAGGUGAGCUUUUGUGAUCGCGCAGCGUCCGUCGUCCAUCCGUCCAUCCGUCCGUGCGUGCGUCCGUGCGUAAACUUUUGCUUGUGACCACUCUAGAGGUCACAUUUUUCAUGGGGUCUUUAUGAAAAUUGGUCAGAAUGCUUAUCUUGAUGAUAUCUAGGUCAAGUUCGAAACUGGGUCACAUGCGGUCCAAAACUAGGUCAGUAUUUCUAAAAAUAGAAAAACCUUGUGACCUCUCUAGAGGCCAUAUUUUUCACAAGAUCUUCAUGAAAAUUGGUCAGAAUGUUCACCUUGAUGAUAUCUAGGUCAAGUUUGAAACUGGGUCAAGUGGGUUCAAAAACUAGGUCAGUAGGUCUAAAAAUAGAAAAACCUUGUGACCUCUCUAGAGGCCAUAUUUUUCGUGAGAUCUUCAUGAAUAUUGGUCAGAAUGUUCACCUUGAUGAUAUCUAGGUCAAAUUCGAAACUGGGUCACAUGGGGUCAAAAACUAGGUCAGUAGGUCUAAAAAUAGAAAAACCUUGUGACCUCUCUAGAGGCCAUAUUUCUCAAUGGAUCUUCAUGAAAGUUGGUCAGAAUGUUCACCUUGAUGAUAUCUAGGUCAAGUUCGAAACUGGGUCACUUGGGGUUAAAAACUAGGUCAGUAGUUCUAAAAAUAGAAAAACCUUGUGACCUCUCUAGAGGCCAUAUUUUUCAUGAGAUCUUCAUGAAUAUUGGUCAGAAUGUACACCUUGAUGAUAUCUAGGUCAAGUUCGAAACUGGGUCACGUGGGGUCAAAAACUAGGUCAGUAGGUCUAAAAAUAGAAAAACCUUGUGACCUCUCUAGAGGCCAUAUUUCUCAAUGGAUCUUCAUGAAAAUUGGUCAGAAUGUUUACCUUGAUGAUAUCUAGGUCAAGUUCAAAACUGGGUCACGUGCGGUCAAAAACUAGGUCAGUAGGUCUAAAAAUAGAAAAACCUUGUGACCUCUCUAGAGGCCAUAUUUCUCAAUGGAACUUCAUGAAAAUUGGUCAGAAUGUUUACCUUGAUGAUAUCUAGGUCAGAUUCGAAACUGGGUCAAGUGCGGUCAAAAACUAGGUCAGUAGGUCUAAAAAUAGAAAAACCUUGUGACCUCUCUAGAGGCCAUAUUUUUCAUGAGAUCUUCAUGAAUAUUGGUCAGAAUGUUCGCCUUGAUGAUAUCUAGGUCAAGUUCGAAACUGGGUCACGUGGGAUCAAAAACUAGGUCAGUAGGUCGAAAAAUAGAAAAACCUUGUGACCUCUCUAGAGGCCAUAUUUUUCAUGAGAUCUUCAUGACAAUUGGUGAGAAUGUUCACCUUGAUGAUAUCUAGGUCAUGUUUAAAAGUGGGUCACGUGCCUUCAAAAACUAGGUCAUUAGGUCAAAUAAUAGAAAAACCUUGUGACCUCUCUAGAGGCCAUAUUUUUCAAUGGAUCUUCAUGAAAAUUGGUCAGAAUAUUUUAUCUUGAUGAUAUCUAGGUCACAUGUGCUCAAAAACUAGGUCACUGUGUCAAAUAAUAGAAAUAACGACGUCAUACUCAGUUCAACACUGGGUCAUGUGGGGAUAGGUGAGCGAUUCAGGACCAUCAUGGUCCUCUUGUUUUUUUAGAUAUCUGGAAAUAAAUGCUAUAUUUCUUAAGAAGGCUUUAAAACUUAAUUACUGACAAACUAUAUGUUACGGAAACACAUGAGAAUUUGCUGUUUUUACUACUUUUUAGGAUGAAAAUCGAAAAGUGUUUGUAUCUCUUUACUCCAGGUAAACUGUCCCGAUUAUAAAUAUCAAUAUUUUGAAGUCAUAAUUCACUAAUUCUGCUAUAGCGCUAUUGGUUAUGGCGACGGGAAAAUGUCUUUAUUGCCGUGGCGGUCCGGGGUUCGAUUCCCGACGCGGUCAUCUUUUUUUCUUGAUUUGGAGUUUAUAAGAUAUUUUAGAAAGAAAAUUUCAUAUUGUAAUGUUCAUAAUAUGACCAAACUUCAAUUUCAAAGAAAGAUUAUUUUUAGCCAAAUCUGGUGCCUUUAAGAAAGAUUAGCCAGGUUGUGAGAACUCAAAAUAUGUGUCUGUUUAAAUAUUAUAGGCAUUGAAAGCAUAUAAGAUGUAUGUAAGACAUUAUUGAGAUUUAACAAAAGUUAAAAACUGUAUUUGUAAAAAGAUGUGAAAAACUUAAGUUUGUUCAUCAUUUUGAAAGCAGCAUAAGAGUUUACAUCUUUCAAAAAACUGUUUUUGCAUGUAAACAGAUAAUAUGAAUAAGGUAAUACCAGAUUGCCAUAUCAAAUUAAAUACACAUUUUAAUAAUGUUGAAAAGUCUAUAGGGUGUUCCAGGUAGUUUGAUAUGUUUCAGAUAUAUCUGCAGCAACUUUAUUACAGUCCUAUAUUUUGAAAGCUUAUCAGUCUUGACCACAUAUAUUUCUAAAAUUAAUGCCAUUCUUUCUCUGAAUAAAUCCAUGUGAAAGGUACAGCAACAACAUCAACAACAACAAUACAUUUUGUACAUAAGUAAAGUGAUUCUAAUACUUAA